CACUGCUGGGCACUGACUGGCGGCACUGAUGGGCAUUGACUGGCGCAACUGCUGGGCACUGACUGGCACAACUGCUGGGCACUGACUGGCAGCACUGAUGGGCAGAGGUGGGUGGCACUGAUGGGCAGAGGUGGGUGGCACUGAUGGGCAGAGGUGGGUGACACAGAUGGGUGGCACUGAUGGGCACAGGUGUGUGACACAAAUGGGUGGCACUGAUGGGCACAGAUGGGUGGCACUGCUGGGCACAGGUGGGUGGAACUGGUGUGUGGCACUGCUGGGCACCGAUCAUCAGGGAACUGAUCAUCAGUGCCCUGAUGAUCGGUGCCAAUCCCUGCUCUGACAACUGCCGGUUCUCGGCAGUACUUUCCCCACGUUCUGACAGUGUGAGGAAAGUGCAGCCGAGAACCGGCAAUUUC